AUGGCUCCCCGAGACGCCGUCGCCGGCAGCAAGCGCAAGCUGAACGACAAGAGCAAGGAGAAGUUCUCCAAGAAGCAAAAGUUCGAGAAGCGCCCGCCGCAGGACGAGCCGCAGUCUGACAGUAUAAGUGACGAGAACGGCUUCGAGGACUUCUCCGACGAUCAGGAUGACGGCGGCGCGCCCUUGAAGGCCCCCAAGUUCCAGAAGGGCGGGAAGCAGUCCAAUGGGCCCAAGCCCAACGGCGAUGCACCAGGCGGCAAGGUGUUCGAGAAAGGCAACAAUUCUCGCGAGUCCCAUCUGAAGCAGAAGCAGCUUGCUCUUGAGCGUAAGAACAGCAAGCCCCUUGCCGACGAGUCGCACAGAGCCAAGAAGCUAUGGGAGAGGCUGCGAAGGAAGUCACACGUGCCCAAGGAGGAGAGGCACCAGCUGGUGGAGGAACUCUUCUCCAUCGCCACCGGCCGCAUCAAGGAAUUUGCCCUCAAGCACGACACCGUCCGAGUUGUACAGACCGCCAUCAAAUACUCCAACGUCGAGCGCCGGAAGAUGAUUGCCAACGAGCUCAAGGGCACCUAUGCUCAAUUGGCCGAGAGCAAGUACGCCAAGUUCUUGAUUGGCAAGAUCAUGGCCGAAGGAGACAAGGAGAUCCGAGACCUGAUCGUGCCCGAGUUCUACGGCAAGGUCCGCAAGAUGAUCAACCACCCCGAGGCGUCAUGGAUCCUGGACGAUAUCUACAGAGGCGCCGCCACCCCCGACCAGAAGGCCAUCCUGCUCAGAGAGUGGUACGGACCCGAAUUCGCCAUUUUCAGGAGCGAGGCCGGCGACACCACGGCUGAGCUGUCCAAGAUUAUCGAGGCAAACCCUGCCAAGAGGAUACCCAUCAUCAAAUACCUGCUAGAUAUGACGAACCAGCUGAUCCAGAAGAAGAUGACUGGUUUCACCAUGCUCCACGACGCCAUGUUGCAAUAUUUCCUGAACGUCCAACCCGGCGGCGAGGAGGCCAAGGAGUACAUCGAGAUGGUCAAGGAGGACGAGAACGGCGAUCUGCUCAAGAACAUGGCCUUCACCAAGUCCGGUUCUCGGCUUGUUUGCCUGCUGUUGGCCUAUGGAACCGCCAAGGAUCGAAAGCACCUCCUGAAGACCUAUAAAGAUACCUUCCCACUCAUGUCGACCGACCCCUAUGGCCACAACAUCAUUCUUGCCGCCUACGAUCUAAUCGACGAUACAGUCCUGACUUCCAAGUCCAUCUUCCCCGAAUUAUUAGGGAAGAACGACGGGAACGAAGGCGAGAACCUUGUGGUCUUUGCCAACGACCCCAACGCGCGUCUUACUAUCCGGUACUUGUUCGAGGGCAAGUCCAAGUCACUUUUCGAUGCCAGCCAUGCCUAUGAUCUGCAAAUACUGGACGAGAUCCACGAGAUUCGAAAGACGACAAGUAAGAAGGACGCUGACGCUCGAAGGAAAGAGCUCAUUGCUGCUAUGUCCCCGGCCUUGCUUGCUGGUGUUGCAGCAGCCCCCUUCGAUCUUGUUUCGACGUCGUUUGGUUGCCAGAUGGUGUCUGAAAUCCUUCUGUCUGCCGUUGGUGAGAAGGCUGAGGCACUCCAGGCCAUCGCGAGCACUGCGGAAGGUGACCCGGAGGCAGAAGGCGGGGAAGCUGAGGCUGAGGCGGAAGGCGAAGGCGAGGGAGAUGAUGAGGCACAGAUGCCCCCUGGCAUCCACAUCUCCAGGACAGCACAUGGUGGCCGCAUGUUCAAGACGCUUAUCGCUGGUGGCCACUUCGACAAGGCGACUCGCAAGGUGAUACCGAUCGACCCACCCUUGAAAUUUGCCGACAUCUUGUAUCCAGUCAUCAAAGAUCACGCUGUAUCGUGGGCCACCGGCCCUAGCUCCUUCGUGAUUGUUGCUCUGCUGGAGUCUCAGGAUUUCUCCCACGGGGACGAGUUGAAGAAAAUUCUCAAGAAGGAGAAGAAGACUUUGGAGAAGGCUGCCAAGGAAGAGACUGCCGAGCAGAAGGCCGCCAGGGAAGCAGCGGAUGUCAAGGGCGAUGCAGAGAAGCCAGCUAAAAAGGGGAAGAAGGCAGCCCCCAAAAAGGAGAGGUCUGUCGGCAAUGCUGGAGCGAGGCUUUUACUAGAGAAAUUGUAG